AUGUACUAUAGCCAGACGGGACCUGGCGCGCAAGCAGGUGUGAAAGCGUGCGAAUACCGAUUCACCCAGAAUUCUCCGACGCACACGCCCGCUGAAGGAGUUCCUCAUAGGGAAAAAAUAGACAUUAUCUACGGACUACUGGAUUCCUCCGACGAGCCUGCUUCAUCCAUGUUGUUGGGUGAGAUAAUAGUCAACUAUUGGGUUUCAUUUGCUACGACCUUGGAUCCCAACGAUGGCUAA